AUGGUCUCGAGUUUCUCUACCUCCCUCAUUCUACCCCCUCGAGACGGCAGACUUGCAGUCGCAGUCCUUGGGGCCGAACCUACAGCAACUACGUACCUCGUUCAUGGGUGCCGCACAGAAAUCACCGAUAUAAGUGAAUGCGAUGGGUCCACUGUAACCAUGACCCUGGGGCCCUGGGCUCGCUCAUACUCGCCUUCUGAAGCUGCCAUCAUGGGCGUGUUUAACCAGUUCAACGUCUACGAGGACGAAGGAAAGAACUACACAUACUCUGAGCACUGCGAAAUGAGCGGAACUGUUGCCCGGGUUUGCACAGUUACCAACGAAGGAGUGACAGAGGGUGGAGUCACACAGACCUUAAGCCACGAACCCGGCCAAGACAACGAGGAGUUUACAUUUGCUCCAUACCCUGUCGCCAUAACCCAGGGCCUAGAUCUACUUGUCGCCGCAGAGUCGUCAUCGAACAAGGCCACCGCUACGGUCCGCACUGAGGAUGAUGCGACUAGGGCCGUCACGAGCGAAGAAACGCUUACGAAGGGCUCUGCAAGUGAGACUAAGGCGUCUGGAAGUGCUACAGCUACAGAAGAGUCUUCGGCCGGAGUCUCAUGCAUUCCUAGCAUGCUUGCUGCGAUGGCUGUUGUUGUUAUAGCGAGCACCGUUCUGUUGUAA